AUGACGUGUAGCUUCUACGUAAGCAGAUGCUUUACUUUUAGAGCCUUGAACUAUGGGGGUAUUGGAGCAGUCGUCGGUCACGAAAUGACACACGGCUUUGAUAAUGAAGGACGUUUCCAUGACGCCUUCGGCGAACCUCGAAAUUGGUGGAAUGAGGAAGUGAAAAAGGAAUAUGUGAAGCGUGCUCAAUGUCUCAUCGACCAAUACGGGAAGAUUGAGGUUGCGGCGCUUACUGGCGAAUUGUUUUAA